UGUUGAUGGCCGAAGUUGCAAACCACUGCAUUCCCCGCAUCGCGGACCUCCACAACUACAGCACAGCGAACUCCUUCCAGCAGAAGCGCUACAACUGGGAAACCCUCGCAGAAAGGGUGUUUAAGAGAGUGGGACUCAAACUCGGCGCAAAAGAAAUAGACCAAGUUGUGGCAGCAAAGCCGGGGGCUGCAGAAAGCAUUAUUCUGAAGUUCAAACACCGGGCAGAAGCACUGAAGCAGCAGGCAGCGAAAGAGGCGGACUCCAACCCUAAACAGACUCGCUUGACUCGGUGCCCACCGCAAGGGUCCCCGAGACCCGUUAGUGAGCAGGAAUGGAUGGCUAUACUGGAACAGAAAGAUGCAACUAUUCAAGAGCUCGAGGAAACGAACUCAAUUUUGGCUGCGAAGGCAGAGAGCUUGCAGAAGCUGCUGCAGCUGCGGGAUGCGAAGAUAGAGCUGCUUACGAAGGCGCUGCAAGCGGCCGCUGCUCCUCCUCCCCAAUAA